AGUGGGAAACAUAAGUCACUGAACCAGCUCCUUCCCCUUCCUCUUCUGGGGGAUAAAAUACAGCAAGGACAGAUCUUCAGAAGCUUUUACCUGGGAAGCCUUCUUGGGAAGAUGCAGCUGCUCCUGCUCAUGUUGAUCUUUCUGACCCUCAGGACAAGGGCAGCGGAGAUCAUCGGGGGACAUGAAGCCAAACCCCACUCCCGCCCCUACAUGGCCUACCUUUGGAUCGGGGAUGAUGCUAUAUGUGGUGGCUUCCUGAUAAAUGAGAAGUUUGUACUGACAGCGGCUCACUGUUCAGGGAGCUCAAUAAAUGUCACCCUGGGUGCCCAUGACAUCAAGAAACAGGAGAAGACCCAGCAGAUCAUCCGUGUAAAAAAAGCCCUCCCUCAUGAAAAUUAUAGUACUGAACUGUACACCAAUGACAUCAUGCUGCUGCAGCUGGAGGAAAAGGCCAACCUGACUAAAGAGGUGCAAUUUCUCAGGUUGCCAAAAGGCAAGUCCCAGGUAAAGCCAGGUGCUAUGUGCCAUGUGGCUGGAUGGGGACGGUUGGCCCCAGGGCGUAAAAGAGCAACCACACUGCAGGAGGUGGAGAUGACGGUGCAAAAGGAUGAGAAGUGUGAGACCCGCUAUUCCAGAUAUGACAGAGCUACUCAGAUCUGUGCUGGGGACCCAAAGAUUAGAAAAGCCUCCUUUAAGGGUGACUCUGGAGGCCCCUUCGUGUGUAAUAAUGUGGCCCAAGGCAUUGUCUCCUAUGGAAAAAAGGAUGGCACAACUCCAUGCAUCUACACUAAAGUCUCACAUUUUCUAAGAUGGAUAAAGAAAACCAUGAAACACCACUGACUGAAGAAAGCAAACUGAGCACUUUUGUGAGCAACCAUCUUUCCUGG